AUGGAUUCUCCGGGACGAAACCAUAGACGCCGACAAUCUACCAGUAUCAGCAGAGUCCGCAUCGUACAAGGAUCUUGUUGGUCAUGUAGGAAACGCCGUGUCAAAUGCGACCUCACAAAACCCUCCUGCGUGCGCUGUACCCAGAUCGGAGCCGCCUGCGACUACAACAACCGUCUCAUCCGCUGGAGCUCCAAGCGCACACUGCCCGUGUCGCCGAGCUACCAAAUCCUCGACCGGGGCAGUCAGUUGGCAGAGUCUCUGUCCAUCAAUGAACAACGUGCUUUGGCGUAUUUUCAAGGCCGGUUCUGGCCCUUGAUGUCGACAGCAUCAACACCCUGUGCUCCGCCUGUGGCACUGGCACUUGAGCAACGUGUGCUUCUGCUCGCUACUUGUCUCAUUGCUGAUCGACAUAGAGUUCUUCAAGAUGGCAGAAACAGUCUUCGAGUCCCACAGAUCAAGCGUGUGGAGUGUCUUGCUGCUGUGCGGGAUCAGCUCAAUGAGUUUUGUGCGAGUGGGAAAGGGCCGAUGGUAGAGCUGCUGCUUUCUGUGUUGAUGCUCUAUUUCCACGAUGGAUAUCUCGAGUGCGCUGAGAAAUCGGCUUCAACCUCUAGUCAUCAGGCGGGGGUCCGAGCUAUUAUUGACAAGCUUGGAGGUGGUGAGGCAGUCUUGGACAUUGGUCCAGAGUGUCUUCACAUGCUUGUGUCUGAGUUCGCCUCAACUGACCUCACUACUACAAUGCUGCGAGGGGGGCUACCUUACUUCUCCCCUGGGAUAUGGGACAGAAUUGAGCAACGGUCUGUCUGGUGGGACCGCGAACCUCUUGCUCAAUGUUCCCUUGCGUCUGUAUUUGGCCACAUCAGCUCCAUGGUGCAUUAUCAUGAAUCGAUUAACUCUGGAUUAGAGGAACUUCGACCAGAAUGCAUUCGCCAGUUUGAAUUCAGUUUGACACCAUCCUACGCCACACAUCGCAGCCAAGAUCUCUAUGCCAGCGAAAUAUUUGGCUGGGAUGAAACGGCUGCUAGUGUUGAAGCUGUCCACGCCUCCAGUUUGAUUCGAUCCUUCCAGCACGCAGCUCUUAUUUAUCUCUACAGAGCCAUUUGUGGCUUGCCUGCCCGUCAUCCCCUUGUCCAACAGCAUGUCAUGCCUUGUCUGGGCUCCAUUUCUGGCAUCGAGAGACCAUCGAGAGUGCUGAACUGCGUUAUUCUCCCUCUUCUUAUUGCCGGAGCACAUGUGCAGUCCAUCAAGGACCAGAAGUGUGUGGUCAAUAUGGUGAACUCCAUUUAUAGUGAGAUCAAGUUUGCGUCUGUUCAGCUAGUGAGCAAUGUGCUCGAUAGUGUUUGGCGAUUGGACAGUAAUGAUUUAUCCUGGUUUGAAAUGUUUGUUGAAUUAGGGCCUGACACUGUUGUGCUCUGA